AUGGCGAGUGGAGGCGGCGUUACCUUCCCGCUACUCGUAGUGAGAAUGACGAAAAAUAACCCGGUGGUGUCCAGUACUUGGACGGACCAUGUAGAUUAUACCGCCUCCUUUGUUUGGAGAUUCUUGGUCCAUUCAUUCUGGACGGUCAAGUCUCUCCAAGUCCUAUCAGAGCGUCGAUUGUCUGGCAACCGCGAUACGGCGCUGGUGUUCUUUGAUUUCUUUGACCAGGGUCAAAAUCGACUCGUUCCGGUGAUUCCUCUCCUGACUGACCAGGUCAAGAUGCCCGACGAGUCGGUGCAGCGGGCAUUUAGCAAAGUUUGA